AUGGCUGAAAGACUACCAAGUUGCUUAUCUUGUGUAUAUUUAAUCUCUUCUCAGCAGAGGUCAAGGGAUCAAGCCCUAAACCUAUGUGUUCACUCACAUGCAAAAUGUUCUUGUGUCUUCCCCUACAGCGAAAUCACCAAAAAUUCCUUGGAAAAUAUCUUACCACAAAUGAAAUGUCAUUUUACCUGGAAUUUAUAUGAUGAAGAAAGUUCUUUAGAUGAUUUAGAAGACAGAGUGCAUGAUCAGGUAGAAUUUCUAAACACAGAAUUCAAAGCAAUCAUGUACAACCUGUUUGCCUAUGUUAAACACGUCCAAGGCCAGAACCAGGCUGCUCUGGAACACUUACACCAAGCAGAGGAGUUUAUCCCACACAGGCAGGCCCACCAAGGCAAGAUCAGAAGACUGAUCACCUGGGGAAACUAUGCCUGGGUCUAUUAUCAUAUGGGUAGACUUCCAGAAGCACAGGCUUACAUCUUCGAGGUGGAAAAUCUUUGCAAGACAUAUGCAAGCCCCUAUAGCAUUGAAUGACCUGAGAUUGACUGUGAGGAAGGAUGGGCGCUUUUAAAAUGGGGAGAAAAGUAUUAUGAGCAGGCUAAGGAGUGCUUCAAGAAGGCUCUGGGAAAAAAACUUGCCAACGCAGAGUUUUCCCUAGGAUUGGCGAUCACAUUUUAUCGUUUGGGUGACAAAGCACCAACGGAGAACACCAUGCACCUUCUGAGGCAGGCCAUCCAGCUGAAUCCUGAAAACCAAUAUAUUAAAGUGCUUCUCACUCUCGCUCUUCAAAAGCUCAAGAAGGAAGCAGAAGGAGACAAGCUGCUAGAAGAGACCUUGAAGAAAACACCGUGUCCAACAGAUGUCCUCUGCAGUGCUGCCAAAUAUUACCGGAAUAAAGGGAUUGUGGACACAGCUAUAGAAUUGCUGAAAAAGGCUUUAGAAUCAGUGCCAAAUAACGUCUACCAGCAUCUCCAGAUUGCAUGCUGCUAUAGGGCGAAAAUCAGACAAAUACAGAGGUCAAGAAAAUGGGCCACUAAUGAGGAUGAAGAACUACAGGAAAUGAUGGGAAAUGCUGUGGACCAUUUUAAGAAAGUUGUUGAGUUGAAUGUCAACCUCCCCCAGGCCUGCUCAGACCUCGCCUGCCUCUACACCAUUACAGAUCAGUAUGAUGAGGCAGAGUAUUACUUCCAGAAGGAAUUCAGCAAGGACCUCUCUUCCGCAGAGAGACAGGUGCUGCAUCUGCGGUAUGGCAACUUCCAGCAGUACCAACGCAGGCACAAUGAUGCCGCCAUCUGCCAUUACUUGGAGGGUUUGAACAUCAGUGGAACUUUGACCGAGAAGGAAAAGCUGAUCACAAACCUCAGAAAACUUGCCAAUAAAUGGCUCUCACAAAGCACUACAGAUGCAGUGGGUUGGCAACUCUCCAGAUUCAUUUGUGAACUGAAUAGAAAAGGGUACCCAACAUCUGGUGAUGCUAAGAGAGGCCUGGGAUGCCUGUUGGACCCGCCAGCUUCAGAGCCUGGCAAAUGUGUCCCCUGCACAUGUCCAUCUGAGAAGGGAGGUAAAGAAAUGGCAGAGGCUGCAGGUGGGGCCCACCACUCAUAA